CCAAAACAAAAUGGGUGCAUCGUUGGACACGCCAGCGAGGUGUCCUCUGUGCAACGAGCUGACAGGGGACCCCGUCACCCUGAAAUGUAACCACCGGUUCUGCCAGCGAUGUAUUGGAGACUUAUGGAGUGUCACCCCCAACGGCCCGUACCAUUGUCCGGAGUGGAGGUGUAAAACAGUGUACCGGACGCUGCCGUUUGAUAGCAGUUUGAUACUGCCGCCUUCUAACAGUCGGCGCGCUCCGCCUCGCAGCUCUGCAGGCACAUCCAGCAAUAAUGAACAAAACACACGUGAUGCUGCACUGAGGAGGCCCUCACUCACCAGCCGACUUCUGGGGAAGAGAAAGGCCAGCACACCUGCAGCAGAGCAACCUGACACAAAGCGAUCAACUGUGGAAGCUCCCCACGAGUGGUCCAAUGACUCCGAGACUCCUACCACUUCCUUCUCAGGCUCUCUCUCAGAUAAACCUGGGCAGUCGACUAGUGUGGCGACAUCUGAGAAAGCAGUGCAUUCAGAAUCCACACAGUGUGAACGUGGUGAUGGCAUAUCCUCCAGCGACAACUCAACUGACAGUAAGGCAGCACCUGCAAGUGUUGUGCCACAUAACAUCUCAAUCCAGCAGAAACAGCAUGAACCAGCAGAGGAAGACAUCAUCUCAUUAGAUGACUCUGACAGCUCCAAUGAAGUAGAUAUAUGUGAUGCACCUCUUCUUGCAACCCCCAAGAAAGAAACACAAGUGACAGGGAUACAUGCAUCACCAAAGGAACCUGCCUCACCUGCCAACUCUGAUUCCUUUCCUCGAGUUUCAACUCCAGGGAAAGAUAAGUCUCCUGUACACAAUGUCAGCAAGUCUCCUCUGAUAUCCACCAAGCAUCCUGCCGCUGCUUCAGGCUCCCAAAGUCAUGUCAGGUCGGAGAGCAAAAAUGCCAGCCCUGUGCCCUGCCAUUAUUGCCCUAAAACUGGAUAUAAGUCCGCUGUAAAGACCUGUCUGGUGUGCGGAGCUUCCAUGUGUGCAGAGCACCUGCGUCCCCACCUGGAAUCCCCUGUCUUCCAGAAUCACACGCUGGUUCCUCCCAUGGAGGACAUUUCUACCUGGAGGUGCCAGGAACACCAGGAGAUAAACCGCAUCUACUGCCGGCAGUGUGGAAUGUGUGUGUGCACGGUGUGUACUGUCAUAGGCUCACACCGCGACCAUGCCUGCAUCAGCAUCAGGGAGGCAGAGAGAGAGCUCAGGGGGAACCUAAAAGAAGACAUCAGGCAGCUGCAGGAGGCUGAAGAGCAAGUGAAGAACAAAGUGACUGAACUCACACAGAAGAAAGAGACCUCCACAGUGGUUUUAAGUGAGGCGCGAUCAGCCGUGCAGCAGCAGUACGGAGCCAUCAGGGAGGCUCUGGAGCAGGAGGAGCAAUCAGCUCUUGAGUGUGUGACGAAGGAAGAAAGCAAGGUUCUGGGGGGACUAGAGGAGAAACUCGGCCACCUCCGGAGCUCCCUGCAAUCCAUCCAGCAAGGCCUCCACACCCUGGAGGGGCUGGCUGAUGCCAAGGGAGACAAGUGCAUUCAGGACCAGGCUUUCAUUAUGGAAUACAGCAAGACUGCCCAACUGGCCAGUAACAUCGGGAACUGUGUGGGCCAGUACGAGGCUGCAGAGGAAGUGGAUCGGGCCCGGCUUAAAUGUCUGCAGAGGUGGACUGAAAAACGGUUGGACACAGUUGUCAUCACAGUGCCCGGCAAAGACAGAGACCUCUACAGACUCCUAUAUGGUACCCUCCCCUUCUUGGAUGCAGAUACAGCACAUCCCAAGCUGCAGCUGUCUGAUGACAACAGGAAGGUGGCCUACAGUGAAACCCAGCAGCCCUACACAGAAAACGACGCUCGCUUCAGCUCCUUCCCACAGGUCCUGGCCUCUUGUCCCCUGGAGGGUGGUCGCUGGUACUGGGAAGUGAAUGUGUCUGUGGAUGAGGGCCGCUGGAAGGUGGGGCUGUGUGAGGGUCAGAUUGAGAGGAAAGGUCAAAAGGACAACUCUCGCCUAGGCUUCAACUCGUACUCCUGGUGCCUGGCAUGUGACAGAAGGAAGGUGGAAGCUCUGCAUAACAAAGUGGCGGCUCCUGUGGAUGCAGACGGGCUGCAGAGGGUGGGAGUGUACCUCGACUUUGAGGAGGGUAUUUUAUCAUUCUUUAAUGUGACACCAGGGGGCAGUCUAGCUUUAAUGCAUUCCUAUAAGCACAGAUUCACUGACCCUCUUUACCCAGCCUUGUCUGUGUCUAAAACACACCUGGCCAUCUAUGAUCUGUUCCAGUAGUAAACCAUGGAUUACUGGCAUGUCAGUCCUACUGAAAAUUUACAGAAUACAUGAAAACCAUGUGCCUUUUUUAUAUGUUCAUCACCACUUCAUCACCAUCAUUAAAAUGUGCUAAUUUGUAAACUUCUCUGGGAUGAUGCUGUGCACUGUAUAUUGUGCUAGACUCUUGCAAAAAUCCUUAAAUGUGAUUUUACACCACAUGUGGUACUGGAAUUGUGCCAUGACAGAAAUGCUGAUGCUUGUACACUAUACAUGCAACAUUACAAACAUAUUUUUGUUAUCAGGAUUGUACCUUUUAUAUGUUUUUAAUUGUAGAUUGAACAGGUGAGCAAGUUUUUACAUGGGAGGCACGUCAUCAGUGCAGAUCAAUAACGAGCUGAUUUAGAUCAUAUUUCCAUUUUGAAUGUGAUUAAAAAUGUUACAAAUAUUCUUCAUAUCUCAUCUUCAGCACAUCUUUGAUCCUGUGGUGACCCAUUGUCUUUUUACAGUAAUAAAAUGCCAGUUUAAAAAGCAAA